AUGACCUCGCUACAAGCCGCGCACGCAGAUGGUGUCUGCUUGCGCUAUCCCGACUCCCUGGGGAUCUAUCCCCAAGUAACACAGGAGAACGCAGCGGCGAUGCUCAUUCGUGCCAUCUCCCUCGCGCAGAGCACGCCGUUCGGAUGGGGGUAUAUCGACAAGCCCCCAGACGGUUCUCUUUUCCUUGUCUUCCAAACACCCCAGUUACAAUGCCCGCCAGACGGCAUCGUGUACCAGGACAGAGAGCAGAAGUAUUACCUCCCGUGCGGAAACAACAAGGAACUCGAAGUAUGUGAGGUGAAACUCGGCUUCGUGCCCGGCGUCGACCAGUUCGCGUACCGCGUCCGGCGACGCUUCCGCAUGUACAAGGGUGGCCACCCGCAGCUCAUGCUCAUCCACUACUCGCGCGGCCAGAGCACAACCAUCGUCCCCUCUCUGAACUCCCCGGCCCGCAACUACCCGCUUCGCCCCGUGAACGAGCCCGCGAUCUUCGUGCUCGGCGAGCGCCAGGGCCAGAAGGUGUACCCGAACGGCGUCGCGCCGCCGCUCGCCGCGAGCGCGGACCGCGGGAUCGUGCAGUUCAACAUGCCGCCGAACGUGGGUGCGGGCGCGGGCAUGGGUGGCAUGGGCGGUAUGGGUGCAGGGCCGCUGCCCGGGAACCCGGCGGCGAUGCUCGCGCACCAGAACAGCAACAUGGAGGUCCUCGAGCGGCGGGCGCAGAGGGAGCGGGGGAUGAGCAUGUUUCUUGCGUUUCGCUCGCGUUUGAGACGCUCAUGGAGGUGGGCAGCAGACGAGGCGGAGAACAUCUCCACGCGGACACUGGCCUUGACGCGGUACCGCCGGAACCACGAGUACAUGAACGAGGUGUUCAUGCAUGCGCGUUUGACCAUCCCCGUGUUCGCAGGUGACAAGAAGGCGUCCGCAUCACCACCUUACUCCAUCUUCAAGCUCUCGGACCUCGAAGAGAACUGGUGCGCGAAGACGGCCGCCGAAGUGGAGGAGCUCAAAAACAAGGCUGCGGCCCGCAAGCAAGCGGCGGACGCGGCGCGGGACCAGCUGCGCGACGUCCCGAUGGGCGGGCUUGCGAUAUCCGACCCGGUUCCUUGA